AUGAGUUCCCCCCACGUCUCCGAGUUGUCUGAGUUGGCGGUGCCGGUGCCGUGCGGGGUUUCCGGCUCUCAGAGCCCCACACUCACUGCUCGCGUGGCUGCAGCCCACGCCCACGGCCAGGCCGAGCCCGCCACGCUCCGGGAGCCCAGGCUCGCUAGCUCCUGUCCCCACCCCAGUCCAGGGAGAAGGUGGGUGGCCCCCCGCGGAGGCGCCCUUCUGUCCACACUCUGCGCUGGCCCCUGCUGUCCCUCCAUGGCGUCGUAUCAGCAGUCCCGGAUCCAGGCUUACCUGGAGAAGAACAAGAUUGGUCCCCUGUUUGAGGAAUUGAUGACCAAAUUAAUAACUGAGACGCCUGACCAGCCAAUCCCGUUUCUCAUUGACCAUCUGCAGUCUAAACAAGGAAGCCGUGGACAACUUCAGAGAACUUUAUCUGGAUCUGCAGCUCUCUGGGCAGAAAGUGAAACAUCAGAACAUAAAGGAACAAGAAGGGAUUUUAGAAGCUAUGAUAAGCCUUGGCAAUUAAAUGCAAAGAAGCCAAAGAAGUCAAAAAGUGACCUUGCUGUGUCUAAUAUUUCUCCAUCAUCACAAGAAUCCAAAUCAUUGCCAAGGUCAGUAGAUCAUCCUAAGUGGAACCGGCGAACUAAACCAGAAAGCCGUGAUUUUGAUGAAUUGAACCACAUCCUUCAAGAGAGCAAGAAGCUGGGAAAAGCCCUUGAGAAGCUCUCUCGAAGUAUUGCAAUUUCAGAUGAACUCGAUAAGGAAACAGUGGCCUUUAGUUCUUCUCUUCUGAGACCCUGCGUGAUUGGAGAAUGGAUUGGUCGAGAAGAGAAUGAUGCUGAUCCAUUAGCUGCUGAAAUGCUGCAGCCCCCAAUUCCAAGAAGUAAAAAUGAACAAUGGGAAAGUGAAGAUAGCAGCUCUAGCCCUGCAGGAAGUUUAAAGGUGGAGCCCAAGACAAAAGGAUUAAAACAACAGCAACAGCAACAUAAGAAGCUGCUGGCAGCAAUGCUCUCUCAAGAUUCUUUUGAGUCUAUUCACAGCCCUACCCCUUCUGUAACAGAAGAAGAAGAUAUUGAAAAUGAAGAUGAUGCAAUGGAAUUGCUGGAGGAUCUUGAUGAUUUAAGAAUGGAGGGAGUAACUACUCUGGUACCUUCUGGGAGCAAAUUUAACCAAGCUCGUGCUACUCACCCCGCUGAACCGCAGGCCAAGGUCACACUGAACAUCUGUUCAAGGUGUGCCAGACUUCAAGGAGACAACAUGGCAGAAAGAACAGAAGAGGCGUCACAAAUAUUUCAUUCUCCAGAUGAAAAAAUCCCGGAUUCUUCAAAUUCUUUACCUGGGACUGAAGAAGCACUAAUGGAGGAGCGUGAAGAGCUUGAGACAGCAUCUAAAUUAAUGGGACCUGGAGAAGCCCCCAGUGGAGGACAGUCACUGAAAAACUACAUGGAAGAAGAUGAAUCUUUAAAGCAGUUGCAGGUGGUUCACCAACCAUGGAUCUUGCCAAGUGACACAGAAAGUGAAGGAAUAGAAGCAGAACAAGAGAAACGUUCUACUGACCUUCUUCUUUGUGUUCCGUGUUCUUCUUGUCCCACUCUGGUCUACUCUGGUCUGUGAAACAGGCAGAGAUUGCAAGUGGUCUUUAAGGAAAUUGCAAUUAUUCAAACCCUUACGUAUAGUUCUAAUUUCAUUUACUAUGUGUAAUCAUUUAAAGAAU